CAGGAGCCAAACCCCAACAGGACCUAACAUCCCUCGGAUCCCGCGCAGACUACGCACGACCAUGGCCGCUACCGCUGACACCAACGAUCAAGCCAACCCCAAGAGGCCGGUUACCCCGCCCAUACCAGUUCAGCAGGCUGAUGAAACACUACUAGCAUUUCUCAAACGUCUACAGAUCUACUUGGAGACCGCUGCAGCUGAACUGAGCAAGUGGGAAGAGGAAGCCGCCCGCCAGCAGAAAAUUCAACGCCAGCAGGCAGAGGCAGAGGCAGCACGUCAGCAGGCCGCAGCCGAAGCUGCAGCAGCCGCACGGUUGCAACAGCAGCAGGUCGAGGCAAGUCAAAACCAAGUUCGUUACCAAGCUACAAUGGAGCUCGCCAACGAAGAAGCCACGUAUCGGAGGGUACUCCGACAGCAGCAUUUUCGAGCAAACGAGGAACAAGAGGAGCCGACCGAGGACGAGAGAAACAAGGAAGCCACAGCAGUUCUGAUGGAGAAUCUGCUGUACCCGUGCAAUUGGCAGCAACGUAAAUUGCUGGCCAUGAGGCAGGUCUUCAUCCGCCAUGAAACAAGGUUCAAGGCAUUGGACAAGAAGAUCACUACCCUGCAGGCCGAGAUCAGCACACUACACGCCGCCAACAGCCAGCAGCAGACACUCAAUGACCAGCUGCAGACCGAUGUCAGCAUGGGGUUGGCACAACUGUCAGCAGCUGCGUCAACGGGCAGCACAGUGGUAGACUGCAGCCCAGCUUUGGCUGCGCAGGCCAAGCAACUCGAGGAGCGGAUCAACCACGUGGUCGCAUCCCUCGGCGACAUCAGCAAGUUUGCUGGAGCAUCGACAGUCAGCAAUCAGCUGCAGACGCUCAGCGACCGCGUUCAGCAACGACCGGCCGCUGUCGCCAAGGAAUGGAAGAUGCCAAACUUCAAGAUCGAGAAGUUUGACGACUACCACAAGACAGAUCCGUUGCAAUGGUGGAUGGCUUUCAACGCGGAGGCGGAUGUACAUCACACCCCCGAACUACGGCGGCUUGACGCACUCUACCUCCAACUCAUCGGAGGGGCGCAGGCUUUCAUGACCCACAUGGCCGUGAUGUUGGAAUGCACCAUCGCCACCCUCCACACCAAGACUACGUGGGAGGAAUUCGAGAAGAAGUGGAAGACCCGGUUCAUGAUCAACAACGACAAGUGUCACACCUUGAACAAGAUCAUCCGCAUGUUUCAAGGCCAGCAACCUUCACGGGAGUGGCUGACGGAGUGGCAGAAACUCGUCGCCACCCCGCAAGGACAAGGAAAAUGUCAAGCGUCCAAGCUCGGGAAACUGAGCACCGCGGGAAGUGCAGCGACAUCACUUCCCAAUCCGUCGAAGUCGGCUGCCUUGAGAGCAGUCUCUCUCACAUCCGGGGAUGACGCGGUAGUCGGAAGUUCUCGCAUCGAUUUUGAGAACUAUGCUGUCGAGCUGGUCCCACCAUUGAACCAGCCUCUCCACGUGCAAGAUUCAAGCCCAUGCAUGGUAGUUCCCUCGUCGGACAACGAACCGGUUGCUGUGUCAGCCAAUCUAUUGAAGGACACGUCAACUUGGGCGAGACUUGAGGAACUCGACCCGUUGACGGUUGAGGACUUCCAAUGGUUGCCUCUUCCCUCCACCGGUUCUUUGCCAACACCGCAUUGCAAUGCCUUAAUGACACAUUUGCGGGAAUACUUGCACGCUGCAGUACCACCUCCAUCGACGGACGGCGGAGUAGCGGUUGUUGACCUUCGUAACUAUCUUGCGAAGCUCGACCGUGAGUACGCAACGCAACGGUACGUCGACAUCGACGCGCCUCUCCUUUACAUCCGCAUUCAGAUCAGAAAGGCAACCUGCAGUGCCUUGAUCGAUUGUAGAGCGACUCGCAACUACAUCAGCCAAGACUUCAUGGCACGCACUGGGUUUGGCCCGCACGUUCGAAGGAAAAGUCAGCCUACACACGUCACGUUGCCCGAUGGUCAAACACAAAAGUCAAUCGACCGAUGCCUUGACUCGGUGCCCGUGCACUUUGCCCCGCUAGCAUGCGAGCCCGUGUCUUUCGACAUAUUGGACACCAAGUUCGAUAUGAUCCUAGGAAUGUCGUGGCUGCAAAGCGAAGACCAUCCGGUGAACUUCUAUCGACGCACUGUUCACAUUCGUGAUCGGCGUGGCGAACUAGUCCCGUGUACGGUGCCUCUUCCUCAUCAAUCGAUUGGUUGUCACAUGGUAUCCGUGGCGAGCAUUCGCCAAUCCAUCCGGCGGAACAACAUCGAGGAGAUGGGCAUGUGUUUUCUUCACGCCCUCCCACCCGGUGAUCAGCCCAAGACGGAUACGUCGGACCCACGCAUCAUUGAGGUGUUGGACAGCUAUGAGGAUGUCUUCCCAGCUCCCACCGAAGUCAUACCGGAUCGGCCCAUACGCCACGGGAUCACUCUCGAGGACGGCGACGUACCUCCGCGCGGAUGUAUCUACCGCAUGAGCGAAGAGGAGCUUCAAGUGCUUAGGGCACAACUAGACGACCUCUUGGCCAAGGGCUGGAUUCGCCCUAGCUGUUCGCCAUACGGUGCUCCCGUUCUCGUCGUCCGGAAGAAGAACAAGGACCUUUGUUUGUGUAUCGACUAUCGAAGACUUAACGCGCAAACAAUUAAGAACGUCGGCCCUCUACCUCGGAUCGAUGACCUUCUCGAGCGACUAGGCGGCGCCAAGUACUUCUCGAAGCUUGACCUCAAGUCCGGAUAUCACCAGAUUGAGAUCCAGCCAAGAGAUCGGUACAAAACUGCAUUCAAGACGCGGUAUGGGCACUUCAAGUGGAUCGUCAUGCCUUUCGGUCUCACCAAUGCCCCGGCUACUUUCCAAGUGGCCAUGAUGAUGGAAUUCCGCGACUUGCUCAACCGCACCAUACUCAUUUACCUUGAUGAUAUCUUGGUUUAUAGCCGGACGCUGGAUGAGCACCUCGAGCACCUUCGCGCCGUUUUGGAGCGGCUCCGUAUCGCCAAGUACAAGGCAAACCGCGACAAGUGCGAGUUUGCCCAGCAAGAACUGGAGUAUUUGGGCCAUUACGUUACGCCACAAGACAUUCGUCCGCUCGCGGACAAGGUACAAGCCAUUCAAGAUUGGUCGGAACUUAAGUGUACUACUGACGUCCGCUCCUUUCUCGGCUUAGCAUCAUAUUACAUGCGCUUCGUCAAAGGAUUUCAAUGCAUCGCUGCACCAUUGUCGCGACUUCAGUCCCUGGUGCCCUUCGAGCUCAGCGACGAAGCCCGGCAUUCGUUCCACACGCUGAAGACGACUUUGCUUCAAGCUCCCGUCUUAAGCAUCUAUGACCCAACCUUGCCUACUAAAGUGACUACGGACGCUUCCGGCUACGACAUUGGCGCGGUUUUGGAACAACAUGACGACACAGACUGGCAUCCGGUUGAGUACUUCAGCCAAAAGGUGCCGCCCUCAAUACUCUUGAUGAUGCGAGGAAGAAGGAACUGCUAGCGAUGGCGUCACUUUCUCCUCGAGCGUUGGCGAUUCCCGUGGGCAAUGAACAACAAUCCGUUGA